AUGCACAACUUCGGUACCAUCUUCCUUUGGACACUGGCUGCCUGUAUCCUGCUGCAAGGAUCCUUCGUGGAGGACCAGUCCGGUUACAUUUGCCUAAUUGAGGAUCCAAAACAAAAACAAUGCGACAGCAUUUGUCUUACUGAACUGAGCCCACGGCUUAGCGAAGUCGUCACGGCCCAGAACGAAGGGAACGCGAACACCCGCGAAUCUGACAACGAAAUCAAAUCGAAGCUGGAGACAUUGGAGGUGAACAUUGGAAAAGAGCUGGCCAAGCUACCUCAGGAGGUGCAUGCCAAGCUGGAAGGACGACUACAAGGAGUGGAAAAUAAGCUAGAAAGACAAUUUCAGGUGCAAACCAAACUGGAAGAAAGUCUGCUUGUGGUGCAGACAAAGCUUGAGGCGGUUCUAAAUCAACUGCAGACACUGUCGAAAAAUAUAGAUUCUGCCAAGGUGGAAAUACCAUUUGGUUUCGAUCGAAUCGGUACCAGAUUUUUCCGAAUAGUAAAUGAAUAUGUGGAUUGGGAUACUGCUAAGAGAAGGUGUGUCGAGAUGGGAGGUCAACUGGCCGUCAUCCAGAGCGAGGAGGAGCAGACCGCUAUUGCGGCCAAUUUGUGCGGUUUAGAAUUCUGGCUGGGCGUUUACUACGUGGCCAAAGACAACGAGUACGUUUCUGUGGUGACUGGCCAUAAGGCUUUUUUAAAAUGGGGUGAAUCUCAGCCAAAUAAGAGAAUUAAUGACAGAGAUGAGAACUGCAUUUGCAUAUAUUUCCAGCUAAUGCACGAUUAUCCGUGUGCCACCAAACUGCGUUUUAUAUGUCAGGCCUAA